GGAGUUUAUUUGAAGAUAAUUUGAUUGCAUGAUAUCUUGUGUCUGCUAAAAGGGAAAUAUUGGACACCAUUGCUGAUAUGCCUCAAAAACCCUUAGAAAUAUCUGUCUCAAUGCAGACAGAUGCAAGUUGGAUUCAUGACCACAUCUACGAGAGAAAGGGAAAAUACACAGAAACCAAAAGUGUGCUGUUCCUUGUCAGGCUGAAAGAUGACAUCGCUCCCUUUUCAGCUCCAAAGGAGCAACAAGAAGAGGUUCCUCCCAAGACUGAUUUCUAUGAUGUUGUGUCCCAAGAUCUCAGCUGCUUAGAAAUUUUAUGCGACACAGAGAUUGUGCAGUGGUGCUGCAGAAAUACUCUGGACAAGUGGUUUGAGGUUUGUGAUGAUUUUUUUUUCUCUUUUUUAAAGUUUAGAGAAGACUUCUUAAAACUGUUUCAAGAAUCUCUGCAGACAAUUUCCAGUGUUGGCCCACCUACUAUUCUAGCUUAUAGACCAGAGUCAUCAAGAGCAGAUAUUCACAUUGAGGUUCCGAAGGAAGCCCUAGAAACCUGUGAAUUCUGUGGAAGCCCCAUAAAAUACUUCCCUUCAUUUGAAAGUCUGGAACACAUAGCAGAAUGGGGAAAUUUUUUCUGUUGCCAGCAAUGCCGGGAGCUUCAUGAGUUCAUUGUCAGUGAAAAAAAUCGCUAUCAAAAGAGAAUGGAGAAGAUUGAUGUUGCCCCUCAUAAGGCCCAUGGAAGUCAAGCUGACCGAGAACGGGCAAAAGAAAGAGCUCGACAAAGACUCAAAGAGAGACAAAUGGCAAAACAAAUUGCCUUCAUGGCAGUAGAAGCAGAAAGGAGUGCAUUUCCAAUACACAUCCCUGAAUACAAUAAACAGCUUAAAACAAUUUCCUUCUUCCUAUCUCAAGAGACACCUUCAGCAAUAAUUUAUCCACAAGUAGUUAAAGAAACAGAGAUUCUGGACAAUACAUACAGCAUCUCUUGCUGUGAUUUCACUAUUGCAGGUGGAAAGUUGGUGAAAAACCAGUUCAUACAACAGUACUACAAAAAUGGUGUGAAGUUCCUUACCAUGUUUCCGGACGGCACUGCACAAAUAUUCUAUCCAUCUGGAAAUCUGGCAAUUAUUGUUGUACAGAAUGAAAAUGCAGGGUACAUUUGUAUAGUCCAAGAAGAUAAGUGUGAGAAGCCCAAAAUCCAGGCAGUAUUUGACUCUUGUGGGAAAGGAACUUGUUAUCAUCCAAACCAAAUUGUAUGGAUAAACAUUACAAUUCGAGGAGGACAUUACUCAGAUCAGGCUGGCAACAAAGUGAAAAAAUGGAUUUGGCCCAACAAUCUACAGAAGCACAAUCCCCGUGUAUCAUUUAAACCUAUCUUUCUGUCCUUGAACCUUAAUGUUGGUGUCAGGAUACUCGGGCAAGAUAAAAUUGCCAUUUCUUUUCUUGCAAUGGGAAAACAAGCAAAAAUCAAUGUAGGAACCAAAGUGCAGCCACUUGCUGAACACCUUCCAUGGCCAAAGUACGUAGCUGAAGAUGACCUUCUGCUCUUCGCCAAUAGAUUAAAAAUUCUUCGCAUCUUUGCUAAACUGAAUAGAUAUUUAGACUUUCCUGCCAGUGACUGGUGGACUAAACUGCAGCUCCCUUCAUUUCUUUUGAAACAGACUUCGAAGUUAAUACAUCUUUGUAAAGAAUGUGAAAUAGGCUGUUCUCUGGAUAAGUUAAUAAUGGCAAUAGUAAAAUCACCAGUUUGAUCAAGAGCUGAUAGUUGAUUGAUGUUGACUGAAGAGUCUUAGUCACUUUCUUGUUUAAAAUAUUUAAUAUUUAUUCAUCUGUUGAAUUCCGUAAGAAAAUUUAUUUGUAUUUAAUAUUUAUGUAUUCAUAAAAUACACUAUAUAUGGGUAUCUUCUUGAAUGUUCUAUGUCGCAUUAGAAAAUAUAAAUAUGAAGCAAACUUCAAUAAGAAAAUUGAAUUAUAUGCCAUAGGAUUCAAUAACUAUUCAUAAAACUCUAGAUUCAUUUUGCUAUGGUUAAAAAAAUCAUAAGCUUUUAAAGGCCAUACUUAUACUAACUUACAUAAUUCAUCUGUAGUUUUUGUUUCUCCACACCUCUUUAAGCAAGAUAGUAAAUAAAACAGAAUGGUUGGGCUGAGGAAGAGGAUGCUCAAGCCACUGGCUUGCAUUUAGUUACAAUCUGGAUGGAAUUAGAUUUUACCAGCCACUGUCAUAUUUUCAGAUUACAUCAAAGUUUUGUAAAAGCUGCUGGAAAAGAUUUGUUGUUCCCACUGUCUGAAAUCAAAUCACCCAGUUGUUACUCAGGUUCAUCUCCAUCUUUAGGGAAAAUAC